CUCGUGGGUUGCACGUCGCAGUUGCUAAAACCCGGGACUUAAAAACACUCGAAAAAUCUAAGACUUCGUCGUCGUGCGGGAUUCGCCUGCCGAAACUUCAAAGCAAAUAACACAAAUUAAAUUAUGGCUUAAAUAUGUAUGAAAUGCCAAUAUAUUGUCAUUUGUGUGUGCCAGUGCUAGUGUGUGUGUGCCCUGUGUCGUAUACGCAAUAUUUAUGAAUGCAAUUUCCCACGACUGAGCAGAGACAAUACUCGUAAGCCAAGAUUAUUGUGCCUGCGUAUCGAGCAUACUAGCCAAGUGAACCCGAAAAAGCGGAUCUGCAUUGUCUGUGGUUUUCAGAAUGAACUUAAUUCUACGAAAAUCAUCCAAAAGACCUUCGAAUAGUGAUUAGAUUGAUUGCUUUAUUGACUUUGACAAUUGUUGACUUCUCGGACUAUAAAUACCAACAGUUCGUGGUGUAAUUUUUUUCCGUGUCACCCAAUCCUGUCAAUCGGACCCAUCGACAAUCUCCUCAGCAUUGCAUACUUUUAUGGUCGAAUACUUUGCGGAGUGAGUGUGUGGGAGGCAGCAGAGCAAAAAGAUACAAAAUGCGAGCAAAAGUGAGGCCAAUAAAAAGGCGAUAAAAUUGACGCCGAUACAGGAGGAAGGAGCAGAGGGACGAGUGCGAGUGAGAGGAAGAGGAAGCGAGGCGAUAAGCGUAUCCUGUCGGCAGAGUGCAUAAAAAGGAGAUAUAUAUUCCGGUGUCCUGCGUGUCUCGUGUUUGUUGCUGCAGCCUCUCUGAUAGCCUGCGAUUCAAAUGCCUUGGUGAUUAAUGGGCCAUUGGCCAUUGCCGACGGGAUGCGCAUAAUUCAACCGGGCCCAAGGACCAGAUACGGCCAAUGGCCGGCCGUAGGACUUCGGUUACUCCUGGCCCUUGCCUGGACCACGGCGGCAGCGGCAGCCAUGGAGUCCUCGGCCGAGCUGCAGGCCCUGGGCUACGAGGCAAUUAGCCCGGGCUCUGCCUCAAUUAGCACAUCCAGUUCGCCACCCGGAGAAUCGACAGUGGCUGGCGGCGGGAUUGGUAGUGCCCCCCGCUCCGACUGGAAAUACAAACGGACGAAAGUCAAGCGACGACAGCAGCGCCUCAAUUCGCACAGCAACCUGCCCGGCAGCACCAAUGCCUCCCACGCCCACUCCCACCACCCCCUCGUGAACCUGCCGCCCAGGCAGCGCUACCUGAAGGUCAACCAGGUGUUCGAGAGCGAGCGCCGCAUGUCGCCGGCCGAGGUGCAGCGCAAUCACGGCAAAAUCGUGCUGCUCGGACUCUUUGAGCUCUCCACAUCGAGGGGACCCCGGCCGGAUGGACUCAGCGAACUGGGAGCUGCCACCAUGGCCGUGGAGCACAUCAACCGCAAGCGCCUGCUGCCGGGCUACACCCUCGAACUCGUGACCAACGAUACUCAGUGUGAUCCUGGAGUGGGCGUGGAUCGCUUUUUCCACGCCAUCUACACACAGCCCUCGACGAGGAUGGUGAUGCUGCUGGGAUCGGCUUGUUCGGAGGUCACCGAAAGCCUGGCCAAGGUGGUGCCCUACUGGAACAUCGUGCAGGUCUCCUUUGGCUCAACAUCGCCGGCGUUGAGCGAUAGGAGGGAGUUCCCCUACUUUUACAGGACCGUGGCCCCGGAUUCCUCGCACAAUCCGGCGCGCAUCGCUUUCAUCCGGAAGUUUGGCUGGGGAACGGUGACCACAUUCUCGCAGAACGAGGAGGUCCAUUCGCUGGCGGUGAACAAUUUGGUCACCGAGCUCGAGGCGGCGAACAUAUCCUGUGCCGCCACCAUCACCUUCGCGGCCACCGACUUCAAGGAGCAGCUGCUGCUACUCAGGGAGACGGACACGCGCAUCAUCAUCGGCAGCUUCUCGCAGGAGCUGGCCCCCCAAAUCCUGUGCGAGGCCUACAGGCUGCGAAUGUUCGGGGCGGACUACGCCUGGAUCCUCCACGAGAGCAUGGGCGCCCCCUGGUGGCCGGACCAGCGAACCGCCUGCUCCAACCACGAGCUGCAGCUGGCCGUCGAAAACCUUAUCGUGGUGUCCACGCACAACAGCAUCGUUGGAAAUAACGUCAGCUACAGCGGACUGAACAAUCACAUGUUCAACUCGCAGCUGCGCAAACAAUCCGCCCAGUUCCACGGCCAGGAAGGAUUUGGUUCCGGUUCUGGCUCCAGGAUCAGUAUCACCGCACCGCAAUCGGAUUCGCGCCGGCGGAGGAGGAGGGGGUUGGGUGGAAGCGGAGGUCACCUCUUCCCGGAGGCCAUAUCGCAGUAUGCACCGCAGACCUACGACGCCGUGUGGGCCAUUGCUUUGGCCUUGAGAGCCGCCGAGGAGCACUGGCGGCGCAACGAGGAGCAGUCGAAGCUGGACGGAUUCGAUUACACUCGGAGCGACAUGGCCUGGGAGUUCCUGCAGCAGAUGGGCAAGCUGCACUUUCUGGGAGUAUCGGGUCCAGUUUCCUUCAGCGGACCGGAUCGCGUUGGCACCACCGCCUUCUACCAAAUCCAGCGCGGUCUUCUGGAACCGGUGGCCCUCUACUAUCCGGCGACGGAUGCCCUGGACUUCCGGUGUCCUCGCUGCCGGCCGGUGAAGUGGCACAGCGGGCAGGUGCCCAUCGCCAAGCGGGUGUUCAAGCUGCGGGUGGCCACCAUCGCUCCACUGGCCUUCUACACCAUCGCCACGCUCUCGAGCGUGGGGAUUGCCCUGGCCAUAGCCUUUCUCGCCUUCAAUUUGCAUUUUCGCAAGCUCAAGGCAAUUAAACUUUCCAGCCCCAAGCUGAGCAACAUCACCGCAGUGGGCUGCAUCUUUGUGUACGCCACCGUCAUCCUUUUGGGUCUGGACCACUCGACGCUGCCCUCGGCGGAGGACUCCUUCGCUACGGUCUGCACGGCACGCGUCUAUCUGCUCUCCGCCGGAUUUUCCCUGGCUUUUGGAUCGAUGUUUGCCAAAACCUACCGAGUUCACAGGAUCUUUACGCGCACCGGAAGUGUUUUUAAGGACAAGAUGCUGCAGGACAUCCAACUGAUCCUGCUCGUCGGCGGAUUGCUUCUGGUGGAUGCGUUGCUGGUUACCCUUUGGGUGGUCACCGAUCCCAUGGAGCGGCAUCUCCACAAUCUUACGCUCGAGAUAAGCGCCAUCGAUAGGAGUGUCGUCUACCAGCCGCAGGUGGAGGUGUGUCGUUCGCAGCACACACAAACGUGGCUAAGUGUCCUGUACGCCUACAAGGGCCUCCUCCUCGUGGUGGGUGUGUACAUGGCCUGGGAGACGCGGCAUGUGAAGAUCCCCGCCCUGAAUGACUCCCAGUACAUUGGAGUCUCUGUCUACAGUGUGGUCAUCACCAGCGCCAUUGUCGUGGUGCUGGCCAACUUGAUUUCGGAGCGAGUCACCCUGGCCUUCAUCACCAUCACGGCUCUGAUUUUAACCAGCACCACGGCCACGCUUUGCCUGCUUUUCAUUCCCAAACUUCACGACAUCUGGGCGAGAAACGACAUUAUCGACCCGGUAAUCCACAGCAUGGGUCUGAAGAUGGAGUGCAACACCCGACGAUUCGUGGUGGACGAUCGAAGGGAACUGCAGUAUCGCGUGGAAGUGCAGAACAGGGUUUACAAAAAAGAGAUACAGGCCUUGGACGCCGAGAUCCGCAAGUUGGAGCGACUGCUGGAGUCCGGACUGACCACCACGUCCACCACGACGUCGUCCUCCACGUCCCUUCUUACUGGCGGUGGUCACCUGAAGCCGGAACUGACAAUCACCACUGGGAUUUCGCAAGCUCCGCCUGCCAGUAAAACCAGAACACCGAGUAUCUCGGGAAUACUACCGAAUCUUCUGCUCUCCGUGCUGCCACCGGUGAUUCCCCGAGCCAGUUGGCCCUCAGCAGAGUACAUGCAGAUCCCGAUGAGGCGGUCUGUGACUUUUGCCUCGCAGCCCCAACUGGAGGAAGCCUGCCUGCCGGCACAGGACUUGAUUAACCUUCGGCUAGCCCACCAACAGGCCACGGAGGCCAAGACGGGAUUGAUCAACCGACUGCGAGGGAUAUUCUCGCGCACCACUUCGAGUAACAAGGGUUCCACGGCCAGUUUGGCGGAUCAAAAGGGUCUGAAAGCGGCCUUCAAAUCGCACAUGGGUCUGUUCACCCGUCUGAUUCCCUCCUCGCAAACGGCCUCCUGCAAUGCCAUUUACAACAGUCCAAAUCAGGACUCCAUGCCCGUGGAGUCAUCCCACCCAAAUGGCAAUCACCUCAAGCCCAUCCACAGGGGUUCCCUGACCAAGAGUGGCACCCACCUGGAUCACCUCACCAAGGAUCCGAAUUUUUUGCCCAUACCCACCAUUUCGGGGGGAGAGCAGGUGGAUCAGCAAUUGGGCGGAAAGUAUGUGAAACUGCUGGAGACCAAGGUGAACUUUCAGUUGCCCAGCAACCGCAGACCUUCGGUGGUGCAACCGGCCCCCAGUUUGAGAGAGAGGGUGAGGGGCUCCCCUCGCUUUCCCCACCGCAUUCUGCCGCCCACUUGUAGUCUCAGCGCUCUGGCCGAAUCCGAGGAUCGUCCCGGAGACAGUACUUCCAUCUUGGGAAGCUGCAAGUCCAUACCUCGCAUUUCCCUGCAACAGGCAACCAGUGGAGGUACCUGGAAAUCGAUGGAGACGGCGGCCAAGUCGAGGCUUUCCCUGGGUGAUUCCCAGGAGGAGGAGCAGACGCCUGCGAACGGCCUGGAUUAGAGUAGAUGCCCUGUCCUUUGUCCACGGUCCAAGUCCAAGUCCAAGUCCUCGUCAAUUAAAAGCGAAACACCAAGCAAUUAUUUAACGACACACCCACAGAUUCUGCCUCCCAGAAUAGCGCGUGUGCAACUGACCAAUCAUCAGCUUAAAGCAAUCAAACGCAUUAGGUUAGAACGCUAGAUAAGUCACGAUAGGAACCCCCUUUCCUCAUUUAUUAUUACUCCUAGCUAGUCAUCUUCCUGAACUUAGCAGAAUCAGCUGCACAGAGAAAAAUGCAAGCACAUUGUGCUCUGCCUAGAAGUAGCAUUCGUCUAGAUAUUCGUAUUGAGUCUUUGUUUUUAGUAUCAGCAUAGUUUUCUAAAAACUAACAUCAGUAUUCGCUUAUUGAAUAAACCUAUUAAUAGUAUAUUGACUAACUCUAGUUGCCAAGUUUUUAGGUAUUUGACAGGAAAAUUGUUAUUUUUGUAUAACAUGUUAUUUAUAUGGGAUUGAUCUCUCAGAGUAUAAUUUUGUUUUAAAUAUUUAAGACUUAUUAUUUAAUAAUUUCUCAACAUUUCAGAGAAUUUUGGUUGACAUGUUCAUUUUAAAGGCUUAAUUCCAACGUUUUAAGCCAAGAAAGAACAUAAUAUUUUUUUUAUUCUCAUUUUUAUACCCUACAAACGGUAUAAGGGUAUCGGCUGAUCGGCAACGAUCCAGCCAAACUCACUCAAAAAUUUUGGAUAUUUAUUUUUCUUAAUUGUUGAUUAUAAUUUUAGUGACAUUUUUGAGGCUUAUUAAUCUUUGGAUACUAUUACAUCGAGGUCGCUUAAACAUAGUUUUAAACAUAAUCGCAUCUCUCUGUGUAGAACCUCCUUCGCCAUGUGAUUGAUCCUCUCAUCUAGUUUAAGUAGAUGAGCUGACGGCCAGCUCCAGUUGACCCCGCAAGUUGUGAUUAACCCGCUUCUUAACCCUUGCCUCCUUGGUACCCUAGAUUUAAGUGGAUCCGUGUUUGUUUUCUUGUUGUUGUGCCGCCGCAGGACGGCAAUAUCUGCGGUGUAUCUACAGUGUAUCCAGUGAGCAAUACUAAGUAUCGUACUUAAAGUUUAGACUUAGCAUCAGCCGAGAAUCAGAGUAGAGUAGGGGCUAGCAGUCAGUCAGUUUGAUUAAUCAUCGCAGACGAACCAUGAAUCAUGUAGGAGUCCAGAGAUGUAAGGGCGAAAGCCAAAACACUUGAGAACUCCUCAAGACUAAGCCGUAAGUUUUAGUAUUGUAAUCCAAUUCGAUUCCACCCCACAAUUCACACUCGACCUUCCAACGACUCGGAUAACUUGAAUAAACAGAAAAGUCUAAGCAGAAAUGCCAAGCCAGAAUAAUGAUUAAUUAAUUAAACUUGUUUUAUUGAGUGCCGCCCCGGGGGAACCGAAACCGCUGCAGAUUCGGAUACAGAUACAAAUGUCGGGCGGGCCAAGAGAAAUGACUUUGUAUAAAGCCGUGAAAUGAGUUGGCCAAGUGGAUCCUGCACAAUGGCCACCGAAACUAAUAGAACUCGGUGAUUAAGUUGACGCUGCAAUUUGUUACCAUAAAUAAAUAAAUAAAUCGGAUGACCGAAAACGGCGGGCGGUCGACCUGAACUACGGCUUCUUUUCCAUCCGUUUGUUCCUGCACUUUCUCUCCGU